AUGACGGCUCUUGCUGCUCCAACAGUCAUGAAUGGUAGUCAUGACUCGGGGGCCGAAACGGGGACGGAGCACAGCCCAUCCCGAUUCACUGCAGUUAAUGGCAGGGAAUCCGUGAACUCCGGGAACGGGAAUGGGAAUAGCCAUGGGCCAACGCCCAAUGCUAUCUCUAACGGAGAACGUGCACCGACCCAGGAAAAGACCAAUUUAGAUCACAGUCAUCGAGAUGAUCGGGAUGAGCCUGCCAAUGAUCAAGAGAAGUGGUCACAAAGAUCCUCGCCCAGCUCUCAAAAUAAGAACAAGAGAAAGAGAUCAGAGUCCCGAGAACGAGAUUCCGCGAACGCCUCCCGGAGCCCGGUAAACCGACCUACCGAGAGUAACCAACCCAAUCUGAAUGGCAGCAUGCCAGGAUCGGUCUCGGAGAUGGAGCGUGGCAAUCAUUCUGCAACACCGUCUCAUCGUUCCGAAGGCAAUGAUGCAGGCCAGACCUCCGCCAAUAGUCCUUGGUCAGAAUAUGAUUCUCAGCUGAUCACCCAGGCACAACGGGCCCAGCAAAUUGAUGCAUCCGAUGCCCACCUAGCAGACGCUCUUCAACGCGAGACAGGCCAAGAAAGAUCCAUGACAAAUCGCUCGACCCCCGGUGCUCAACAACCGUCCUCUCCUAGUUAUGUGCCAGAUCGGCAUGGAGCAAUGCAGGUGGCACCAAAGAGAAAGCGGGUAUUUAGUAACCGAACGAAGACAGGCUGCAACAACUGUAUUCGUGGGGGCUUCCUAUGUGAAGGGUAUUCAUCCCGAAGCACCUGGCAAAAACCAUCUAAUACAAAAGCCCCGAUCCCUUUGCAAUCCAAAGAAGGCUAUUCAGACAUCAAUGGCUCGUAUAUGCAAGAAACACCCCGACACCAAGACCGGCCUAACAUAGUGGAGCAUGUCGACACGACAAAAAUCAGGCCCCUGGUGGUGGAGGAGAAUGACCGACCUUUACACCAUCCAACCAUGCGUGGUCAAAACAAGGUUGGCCAAGUGCCGGCCCUGGACCCGGGCCCAGUACCAGCCAUCCCCCGUAUCCGUCUGAACCCAUGGCGAAAGUCGUCGAUUAUCGGGAAGUUCCACCCAUCCAUGAGCUCUCACGGGAAGGACGUCCCAAACCUGACUAUCCGGUUAUCUCUUCACUCCGAGACCUCAGUCAUCCAUCUCAUCCUAAAUCCAACAUGCCCUUGUUCCAAAAUGGGCCCGAGCAACGAACAUUGCCCGCGGCGGCUGUGGAUACCCAUAGUCCUCAGGCGCAGGCUCGGAUGGCACUUAGUAUCGAGCAUCAGCUCUCUGGCCGUACUGUAUCGAGUGACGAGACCGAGAAGGAAAAAAAUGCUUAGAGGCAAACUCUACCGACCAUUUGACGUCCACCUCGUGGAAGAAAGAGAUCGUUGCCGAGGCGCACUAUGGAAAUUUAACAACGCCUGCAAUCCGCUCAAUGGCAUCAGUUCGAAAGAGCAAAACCGCCUCCUGAAGGAGAUCAUCGUGCCCCCGGCAUCCUCCAUUGUCAACUCACCAGCUGGAACCGGCGUGGCUCGCUCUGCCGGAUCCAUCGGUCAAGGGGCGGUCGUCGAGGCUCCCUUUAGUUGCCAUUACGGUUAUAAUCUCCACAUCGGGGAAGACGUCAUGAUCUCGGAGAAUUGCCUGUUUGUGGAUGACUGUGUCAUCCGUAUCGGUGCUCAUACCUGGAUAGGCCCCAACGUCAAAAUAAUUAGUUCAACUGCUCAUCCCAACAUGCAAGAGCGCAAAGGCUCGCAAAGUCGGUAUCAAGGUCGCCAAGUCAUCAUUGAAGAAGAUUGUUAUGUGGGCGCGGGGUGCAUCAUCUACCCAGGGGUUCGUCUUGCCCGUGGCGUUUAUGUGGCCCCAGGAGAAAUUGUCAACUCGAACAUUGCAGGUUACAUGUUCCAGGGGUCAAAACCUAGCUUUGCCAUGUGA